GGGUAGGUGUGGUAACAACAUGGAGGUCCCGCAAAAACAGACACUGGGGUCGGCAUAUGGGCACGGAGACAGGCGCCUCCGGCUAAGGGUAUAAGAACGGAGCGGCGCCUACCAUGCAAAAAACACGAUUUGACGUUUCGAAGUCGAUCGCACUUCUUUGAUUGUGGUUGUUCUCACAAUGGCCGACAUGAAGAAAGACCUCGAGAUGGACUCCCAGGGCCAUGAGGUUGCGCCAAACCCGGCCCGUGGUGGUCUUGCUGCCAGCAUGACACCGGAGAGGAGAGCGGAGGUGGAGAAGAAGAUGAAGCGCAAGCUCGACAUGCGUUGCUCGCUGUUCGUGGUGAUUUACAUCAUGAACUACCUCGACCGCAACAACAUUGCUGCUGCCCGUCUUGGUGGUCUGCAGGAGGACCUCGGCAUCGACAACACUCAGUAUGCGACAUGCUUGUCUAUUCUGUACGUCGGAUACAUUCUGAUGCAGGUUCCAUCCAACAUGAUCAUCAACAAGAUUCCCCGUCCCUCCAUCUACAUCGGCUGUGUCAUGCUCCUCUGGGGCAUGAUCUCGACCCUCUCUGGAAACGUGAACAACUUCAGCGGCAUGGUCGCUAUCCGUUUCUUCAUUGGAUUUGUUGAGGCUGCCUUCCUCCCCGGUGCUCUCUUGAUUUUGUCCAAGUGGUACACCCGCCGCGAACUCACUCUCCGCAACGCCAUCCUCUUCUGCGGUAACCUCAUUUCCAACGCGUUCUCCUCCCUCGUCGGUGCCGCCGUUCUCUCCAACAUGGAGGGCACUCUCGGCCACCGUGCGUGGAGGUGGCUCUACUGGAUCGAAGGUGCCGCUACAAUGGCCAUCGCCAUCGCCGCGAUCUUCAUCCUGCCCGAUCUCCCCCACAACACACGCGGCUUUACUGAAGAGGAGCGCGCCGUUGCCGUCCUGCGCAUGACUGAGGAUGUCGGAGAGGCCGAUGAGGAUAGUGCCGAGGAGUCCAUUUUCGCCGGUCUCAAUAUGGCCAUCAGGGACUCUAAGAUCUACGUCCUGAUGCUGACAUUCACCGCCUACGUCGUUGGACUUUCUUUCAAUGCGUUCUUCCCAUCUUUGACCCGCACUCUCGGCUUCGGCUACAUCACCACCCUGCUCAUGUCCGCUCCCCCGUGGGCGUUCUCCUGCAUCGUCUCGCUCAUCAACGCGUGGCACGCCGAUCGCACGCAAGAGCGCUUCUGGCACAUCGUGGGCCCGAUCUGCAUCGGCCUCGUCGGCUUCGUCAUCUCCAUGGCUACCACCAACACCGCCGGUCGCUACGUCGCCCUGUUCCUGCAAGCCUCCGCCUACGCCGGCUUCAUCGUCUUCUACUCGUGGAUCUCGUCCUCGUUCCCGCGUCCCCCCGCCAAGCGCGCCGUCGCCAUCGCCAUGGUCAACGCGUUCUCGCAACUCGGCAACAUCGCGGGCUCGUACGUGUGGAACCUGCCCAGCAACGGGUACCGCGGCAGCUACGGCAUCGUCACGGCCAUGUUCGGCGUUACGAUUGUCGGCUGCUAUGUGUUCAAGCUCAUUCUGCAGAACCUCAACAAGAAGCUGGAUGCGGGCGAGACGGCCUGGGAGACGCAUGGCGAUGUUGCGGAGCACACGGCCCAGAUGGAGGGUAUGACUGUCGAGGAGGGACAGCGCCUGAUCAAGGGCUACAGGUACCUUGUGUAGAGGGUGGUACGUGGUGCGCGCGAGUGGAUGCGCGAGAUAGUUUGCUAUAUACCCAUACGCAUAGAACGAGUUUAAUGACUUCCAUCACAA